CACUCAGACGAUCACCCGAGGACACGCCUACACACAGAUUCCCUGCUCCGUGAUUGGCCGGCUGCUUAGAUAUUCAGAAAGCUGCGCGGUAAUUGGCUGAAAUCUCACAGCAGCGAUUUCAGAAAGCACAUUUUUGGGAAGUUGUUCAAAGGGAAUAAUUGAGGGGGGUAAUCCCUUGAGAUAACGUCGGCACCCACAGCACAAUUAGCCGACUUUCCGCGUGUGUGUAGGUGUGUAUGUGUGUUUCUAACCCCCCUCCUCGCUCACCUUUCGCUGUCAAUCGCUGCAGGAUUUGUUGGGACUUUCCGAACCUCUCCGAACCUGUGAGGAUGUUGUUGUGCCUCCUUCUCUUCCUUUCUGCCCACUCUCUGGCUCAGAGAUCAGAGCCUAUGUUCUCGGCUAUAACUAAGUCCGUCCUGCCUCCAGACUACGAUAACAACCCCACGCAGCUCAACUACGGCAUGGCCGUCACUGAUGUAGAUGGAGACGGAGACCUGGAGAUAUUUGUAGCAGGCUACAAUGGACCAAACCUAGUGCUCAAGUACGACAAACAGAAGAAAAGGCUCGUCAAUAUCGCUGUCGACGACCGCGGCUCCCCGUUUUACGCCCUGAGAGAUCGUCAAGGCAACGCCAUUGGAGUGACAGCGUGUGACAUAGACGGGGAUGGACGAGAGGAGAUUUAUGUCCUCAACACCAAUAAUGCUUUCUCUGGUCGGGCAACGUAUUCUGACAAGCUGUUUAAGUUUCGCAAUGGACGCUUUGAGGAUCUGCUUAACGAUGAUAUUAACGAACACCGAGAUGUAGCCAACCCAAUGGCGGGGCGCUCAGUGGCCUGUGUGGACAGGAAGGGUACGGGCCGUUACGCGAUCUACAUCGCUAACUAUGCCAGUGGAAGUGUGGGGCCUCACGCUCUCAUAGAAAUGGACGAGGCAGCCAGCGACCUCUCGCAGGGUGUUGUUGCCCUCUCCAACGUGGCAGAGCAAGCUGGAGUCAACAAGUUAAUAGGAGGAAGAGGCGUGGUGGUGGGGCCCAUUGUUAGUCAGGCUCUGUCAGACAUCUUCUGUGACAACGAAUAUGGAUCUAACUUCCUGUUCAGGAACAACGGCGAUGGGACUUUUAUUGAUGUGGCGCAGCAGGCUGGUGUGGAGGACCCUAUGCAGCACGGCAGAGGCGUUGCUCUGGCAGACUUCAACCGGGAUGGAAGGACGGACAUCGUCUAUGGAAACUGGAAUGGACCUCAUCGUCUGUAUAUACAGCUGAAUAACCGCAAGCAGAAGUUUAAGGACAUAGCCUCCCAGAAGUUCUCCAUGCCAUCUCCAGUUCGAACCGUUAUCACUGCGGACUUUGAUAACGACAAUGAGCUAGAGGUCUUCUUCAACAACAUCGCCUACCGAGGACCAUCAGCCAACAGGCUUUUUAGGGUGAGCAGGAGGGAGCAUGGAGACCCCCAGAUAGAGGAGCUGAAUAUUGGGGAGGCAGCUGAGCUGGAAGGACGAGGAACUGGAGCUGUAGCUGCGGAUUUUGAUGGCGACGGCCAUCUUGAACUAGUAAUCUCUCACGGAGAAAGUGCAGCUCAACCGCUCUCCAUUUACAAAGUUAACCAGGGCCUCUCUAACUCUUGGCUGCGAGUAAUUCCACGAACCAAGAAUGGGGCUUUUGCCAGAGGAGCUAAAGUGGUCGUGUACACAAAGAAGAGCGGCCCACACACACGGAUUAUUGAUGGUGGCUCUGGUUAUCUGUGUGAGAUGGAGCCUGUUGCCCACUUUGGCCUUGGAAAGGAUGUGGCCACAAACGUUGAGGUCUACUGGCCAGAUGGACGCUCUAUAGCCCGUCCCCUGGAGCCGUCAGAGAUCAACUCGGUGCUGGAGAUCCACUAUCCAAGAGACGAGGAGGAAGUCACUCCUACUGUUGAAAUAGAGUGUGGUCAUGGGUUUGCUUUGAACGAGAAUGGCCGUUGCACAGAUAAAGAUGAAUGUACCCAGUUCCCCUCUGUGUGCCCCUCUGAUCGUCCUGUGUGCACCAACACCUAUGGCAGCUAUAAGUGUCGUGCCAAAAGGAGAUGCAACCAGGGCUUUGAGCCAAAUGAUGACGGCUCAGCCUGUGUGGCUCAGGUGGCUUACUUUGGUGGUACACGGUCCUCUGGUGAACGCCAUGCUUUCCACAUGCUUUCUUUUUCUAUCCUAUCACUCAUCUCCACCCAAUUGCAGACGGGACUGCUGUAGCUAUCACUUCUGAGCAGAGAUGUACAGAAACUCUACCUGUAAACUUUUCUUCUCCUCUCAAAAAAGGAAAAAGAUGCUCCCCCCUCUUCUCUAUGGAUCUCUGCUGUAUUUUUUCUUCUUUAUCAGCAUCUCACCACCUCCCCACAACAUCUCUGCUGCUAUAUGUCACUUCCUGGCUCCUGGCCCCCUCUGGACUCUAAAGAAACAUGCAGGGAGCAUGCUCGCUGGGAGCUACAGAGAUCAGAAGUAACUGUGUCACCUGUGGAGCGCCCAUGUCAUUGCCUGGCAUUUAUUUUGGUGGGACUUAACUGAUGCCAGGUCAGUGAGUGGUGCUACAGUAGAGCCACCGCACACACUCCAAGGCCCCAUCUGUGAUCCACCACGCUGCUACGCCAGUCCACACAAUGUGGUACAUAUGUUUUCUUUCUGGACUUAUUAGGGAGCUAAGGAAGCUGUAGGUUAUGUGUGCGAAGUGUGUGUAUGUACACGGACGUGUAUGAUCACAUAGAGAAAACAUAUGUCCGACCAUCUGUCUUCGAUGGCGGGAUGCUGUUUGAUACCUAUGAAUAAUGCAACAGGGCAGGGAAGAUGAUAAACAAAAGGCUAUGUGUGAGUGACUCCACAAAGAUGUUGAACCAGUUCAUUGUUUACGUGCACUGUGAUAGGAAAGUAGUUUAGGGUGAAAUUUCUAAUUAAACAAUUAGCAGGUGUUGAGAGGAAAAUGAUUUGAGAGAAAAUCAAGAGUUUUCAUUUGGUCUUUUUGCAGUAAAAGCAACUGUGAAAGAGCAAGUCACUCCCUACCAGAGGCUUACUCCACUUCCACUUCCUGUUCGAAAAAUGAUAAAAGACCCGCAUUUUUAUAGCACAUUUCAGAGUCAGAGGACUCCAAAGCACUUUACACUACAUUGUGUCAUUCAACCAUUCACACACACAUUCACACACUGAUGGUGAUGAGCUAAUGCAGCCACAGCUACCCUGUUGCCUGGAAGACCGAGAGGGUGGAGCCACUAACAAAUACACACACAGGCUAACAAUGACAUUGUGACAUCGUUAUGCACCAGCUAAUGUCAUAGUGGACCUCUUAGCCAAAAGCGAUGGCAGAUUUAAAUUCAAAUGCAUUGCUUAGUUUUUACCUGAAUGUGACGCCACACUGGCAGUUUUAAUCAGAAUAUUUAAAUUUUAACUAAAAUGCACCAAAGUGCCAAAUUAUUGACUACACAUGUCUACAGCACGAUUAGAGACUCAUUUAUAUAGUUAUUAAUAUUAUUAAUAAUAAUAAUAAUAAUAAUAAUAAUGGUUUGGAUUUAUGCAAUGCUUUUCAAGACACCCAAAUUGCUUUCCAUUAUUCAUGCACUCUCACAUUCACACACUGCCAGUGAUGGUAAUCUAUUAUGUAGCCACAGCCGCCCUGGGGCACUCUGACAGAGGCGAGGCUGCCAUUUUGCGCCAUUGUUCCCCUCUGACCACCACCAACACAGGCAAGUCGAGUGAAGUGUCUUGCUCAAGCACACAACAGCAGAAUACCGUUGGCGGGAGCUGGAAUCAAAUCCAUGACCCUCCAAUCAUGAGACAACCCGCUCUACCUCCUGAACUACUGCUGCCCCAAAAGACUAAUGACCCCUCAGCAGGCUGAGAAGAUUUAUCAGCAAAAAAAGUUGAUUUGGGGGUGAUUUGCUCUUUAAGUACUCAGUUAAAGGUACAAUAAGACUUUUUUUAGUGGAAUAAUCACAAAACAGUCUGUUUGAUCAUGUUGGAAUUAAGGUUGCAUUGAAACAUAUUUCCUUCUCAGCCUGCUGAGGGGUUGUCUGUUUUUCUCCUUUUAAAAAGGCUAAAGAGGGACAUAGUUACUGUUUACAAUCUGUCCUGCCUCCGUACUUCCAGAGCCAAUCAGUUUUGAGCGUGCAAGGUUGCCAUUUGUAAUUCCACAUCGGCCAACAAAGGGCAGCAUUGUGGAAGUAAUGGAAGUCAGUAAAAGGAACCUUAAAAGCCUAGUUUAUACUUCUCCAUCUGCAUCAGUGCAGAGACACCCAAUGCCAUUAUCUGUGGUCACAAAGACGAUCCAACAGGCUCGCAAGGACGAGCCCAGUUGUCUAAUUAUCCGCCAAAAGUGAUGGAGACUGCAAACCUGUGAUUGGGCAUGGUUCCGCUUCCUUUAACUUGGUCAACAGCACCGCCAUUAAAGUCAAAGUUAAAAGUUAAAGUCCCAUUGGUUGUCACACACACUGAUGUGUGUUCAAAAUGUGUUUUCCGCAUUUGACCCAUCCUGCAGACACGGGCGCGCUCGGGAACCAUUUGGUGGUUUAAUCCCCCAAUCCAACCCCUUAAAUCUGAGUGUCAAGCAUGGAGGCAUUGGGUCCCAUUUUUUCAAAGUCUUUGGUAUGAACCGACCAGGAAUCGAACCCUGAUCUCCCAGUCUCAGGGAAGACACUCUACCACUAGGCCACUGAGCUCAAAAUUAAAAUGAAAAAAAAAAAGGAAGCCAAA